AUGAAGAACUUCGUUACCGUCGCGGCUUUCGCUGCCGGUGCCAAUGCCCUCGUUGGCAGGAGCAACAGCUGCUGCUUCAGCCUGAACGCUUCUGGCGGUGCUUCUGGUACCCUUGGUCAGCUUUCUGACGGUCAGAACCGUAUUGGUGAUGACAGCCUGGGCCCUGCUCAGUACUGCAUCGACUCCAACGGUGCCAUCACUGAUGGUAACGGCCGUGGCUGCAUCCUGACUCCUCCUACCACUCAGCUUCAGUGUGACGAGGGUGCCACCCCUACUCCCGGCUUCUCCAUUAACUCUGCGGGCCAGCUCGAAUACCAGGGCAACACCAAAUUCGUCGCUUGUGAGACUGGUCAGAACGGUGGUCUGAACGUCUACACUGAGGAGAGCGACGCUGUCACCCAGUGCCAGGACGUCACCCUUGCUGCGGACUCCUGCUCGGGAUCUGGCUCGGGCUCUGGCUCCAGCUCUUCGGCCUCUCCCUCUUCGCCUGCUCCCAAACCUACCAGCUCGGUUCCGGUUGUCUCUGCCUCGACUCCCGCUGGUUCUUCGCCUUCUGGUUCUUCGCCUAGCGGCGAGGCCCCUGCCCCCAGUGGCUCGGAUUCUGCCCCCAGCGGCUCGGCUUCUGCCCCCAGUGGCUCGGCUUCUGCCCCCAGCGAGUCUGCCUCUGCUUCUGGCAGCAGCUCCCAGGUCAUUGUUCCCGUCUCCUCGGCUCCUGGCUCUUCCAAGCCCAAGACCACUGUCUGGGCCACUGUAACUUCCUACGACUGCAGCACCACUCCCGGUGUUCCCGUUGAGACUCCUUCUGGCCCUCAAUCUCAGACCGUUUCUGGUACCCCUGGUGUCCCCGGUGGAUCUCAGCCCUCUGGCACUCCUGGUGUUCCUGGCGGUUCUCAGCCCUCUGGCACUACUCCCGUUGUCCCUGGUGGAUCUCAGCCUUCUGAGUCCGCUCAGCCCUCUGGCCCCGCUGGUACUACUCCCGGUGUUCCUGGCGGCUCUCAGCCCUCUGGUACUACUCCCGGUGUUCCUGGUGGCUCUCAGCCUUCUGAGUCUGCCCAGCCCUCUGGCCCCGCUGGUACUACUCCCGGUGUUCCUGGCGGCUCUCAGCCUUCUGAGUCUGCCCAGCCCUCUGGCCCCGCUGGUACUACCCCUGGUGUUCCUGGCGGCUCCCAGCCCUCUGGUACCGCUAGUGUCCCCGGUGGAUCUCAGCCCUCUGGCACUGCUAGUGUUCCUGGCGGCUCCCAGCCCUCUGGCACCGCUAGUGUCCCCGGUGGAUCUCAGCCCUCUGGCACUGCUAGUGUUCCUGGCGGUUCUCAGCCCUCUGGUACUGCCUCCAGCUCUCAGCCCUCGGGAACCUCCACUGGAUCUCAGCCUUCCGGAAGUGCCUCUGGCAGCUGCCCUACUAACCUCGACGGCGAAUACACCGCUCCUCACCUGAUCAUCCCCGUUGACUCUUCGUCGCCCGACAACGCCCCCGGCACCUCCUACAACGGCACCAUCUCGUCGGACAAGACCACUCUGUACAACUUCGACGUCCCCCAGUCUUACGCCGACAAGACCUGCAGCCUUGUCUUCCUCUUCCCCAAGCAGGAGGACCUCGAGACCUCUGCCUUCACCUUCAGCGGUGACGGCAAGAUCGACUUCGCUUCUCUCGAGUCGGCUGUGACCACCGACACCAGCUACAGCAACAUGCCCAGCGUCAAGGAGGACUACGGUGUCACCACUGUCGCUCCCGACAACUCCUACGUCAUCUCGACCUUCUCGUGCCCCGCUGGUGAGGCCGUCAGCUACGAGAUGAAGAACUCUGGCAGCACCUACCUCGACUUCUUCGAGGACUACAACCCCUCUCCUCUCGGUCUCUACAUCACCACCUGCUAA